GCCCACAGCGCACGCUGCGCAUGAGGAAGUGGCAGCGAGCGCGGCUGUUCGUCCCAGUUUCACUUUGUAGCAGUAAGUAUUUUACAACAACAACAGCAGCAGCAGCGUCGAAGGGUGGUGAGUCUGGCGAGUAGUGAGAGCCGUACAAGUGGAGGAGCGCCAUGCAGGCCGGUGUGCGUGUGGUGCGGGGCCCGGGCUGGAGCUGGCAGCAGCAGGAUGGAGGAGAGGGAGGCCUGGGGACGCUGGUGGCCGAAGGCAACUGGGGCACAGAGCGCAGCUGUGGCGCCGUUGUGCAGUGGGAUUGCGGUGGCCGCUACAAGUACAGGCUUGGGGUUAACGGGCACUACGACCUACGUCUGUAUGACAACGCACAGACAGGCACUCAGCACCUCGGGGUGAUGUGCGAUGGCUGCGGAGAAAAGUGGAUCUGGGGCAUCCGCUGGAAGUGCAGGGGGUGCCCCGACUUUGACUUGUGCACGUCGUGCUACAUGGGUGACAAGCACAGCUUGAGCCACGCCUUCAACCGCAUCACCUCACCAGGCUCGCCGAGUGUGCAGGUGCCAGCGCGGCAUAUGGCCAGGAAGGUGCCUCUGAAGGGCAUCUUCCCAGAAGCUGUGGUCAUACGAGGGCCUGACUGGAAGUGGGGCAACCAGGACGGCGGAGAAGGCGGAAAGGGCCUGGUGUUGACCAUUAAAGGUUGGGAUAGCACCAGUCAGAGGAACGCCGCCCAAGUUCGCUGGAGAGGCGAGAUCAACUCAUACCGACUGGGCGCUUCCGGAAAAAUGGACCUGCAGCUUGCGAGCCCAACUUCCAGUGGACGCCACUACUACCCAGACCACUUGUCUUGCCUAGGUGAGGGGGACAGCAUUGAGCAGGGCUUCUGUCUGGGCGACACCGUGAGGUGCGGAGUGGACGGACAGACCCUCAUGGUACUGCAGCAGGAGCAUGGUGGAUUCUCAGUUGCUAUGGCAUUGAUUGCAGCACGUCCUGGAAAAGUGGCUGGUUUGAUUGACAAUGGUGAUGUGUUGGUGGUGUACAGCAACGGUGCAAAGUAUAUUUACAACCCCAAGUGUCUCAUCAAGGUGUAUUCUGUGGGUGACACAGUUCGAAUCGGCAAUAAUAAGGCGGAGGUGGAGCGGCUGCAGUUGGGCCAUGGGGGAUGGGCAGAUCCCAUGACCAAGACGCUGGGUCGGGUGGGCCGGGUGGUAAAAGUGCUUCCGAGUGGUGACCUUCGUGUGGCUCUGGGAGGCCACAUCUGGAAUUUUAACCCGGCCUGCGUCAGCACUGCCGACCCGAAGUCGCUUGAUCUGGCCGAGAUGUCCGAGGACAGCGCCGCAGAUCCACUGGCGGGGCUGCUGAUGAAAUUGCUACUGAGUCAUAUCAUUGAAGGGGACGACGACGAUGAUGAUGACAAUGACAAAGAGGAGCAAGCGGAUGCUGCAGCGAGGAGUGCAGCCCGGCAGAGUCAGCCCCGCGUGGUGGCAAAGGAGUUGAAGCCAGAACAGCUCAUCUCUGAAGCUGCCCAGGGAAACGUGGGAAAUGUGCAGAAGCUCGUGCAGCUAUUCCCUGGACAGAUCAACGCACAACAGGAGGGACGCACUGCCCUGCAUGUGGCCGCUCACCAGGGACACAUCGACGUGGCGCAGGCCCUGCUCAAAGCGGGGGCCUCUACUGAGAUUGGCGACGACAAGGGCAACACGGCCCUGCACUACGCGGCACACGGGAAUGAAGCGGCCAUGGCAGGGCUGCUGGUGUCGCACAGAGCGCGGGUGAACAGCCGCAACCACGCGGGCCGCACGGCGCUACACCUGGCGGCCCGCAAGGGCUACGGGGAGGUGGCGCGCACCCUGUGCGAGCACGCCUGCGAUGUCAACACCCAGGAUUCUACCAAAAAUUCCCCGAUCCACGAUGCCAUAGCUGAGAACUACGAGGAGGUGAUUGAGGCUCUCGCCUCUGUGAAGACACUCGACCUGGAGCGGCAGAACGAAAGUGGAUUCACACCUCUGCAACUCGCCGCUUUCAAGGGAAGCAAACUGGCAGUACAGCGGAUCCUGGCCAAAUCUCCAAAGCUGGUGGAUGAGCAGAAGAGUGAUGGGUUUGCUCCGCUACACCUGGCAGCCUACAACGGUCGCCUUGACGUCGUCCACAUCCUGAUCAAGCAGGGCCGCUCUGCUGUGAACGCGAGGACGUGCGGGGGCCAGACGGCCCUCAUGCUGGCGGCGGGCCGCGGCCACGUGGACGUUGUGUUCCUUCUCGUGCGCGAGGCCUGCAAGCUGGACGUUGAGGACGAGGGGGGCAACACGGCACUGCACCUCGUGCUCAAGGAGGCCGACCUCUUCUCCAAAGAUUGCCACCUCCUCCAGGACGAUAGCACCAUCGUCCAGAUCCUGCGCGACUCUGGCCUGUUCGGUGCCGGGAGCAUCUACGCUGGAGAAGCUCUUGCUUGCUUCCUGGUGAAGGAGGGCGCAAACCUCCGCCACACCAAUGCCCGGGGCAAGGCACCCUUUGACUACAUCCUGAAACCCGAGCUGAGAAAAACCCUCACAAAGUUGGAAAAAGCCUACAAUGGGGACGAAGAGGCGGAAGAAGAAAUUCCCAAAGCCAAAAGCCAACCUGUAAGAGAUGUCAAGGCCAAGGAGGACAGUGACAGCACAGAUGAAGAUGAUCACUCAACCAUCAGAAAAAACAGGAGAUAUUCUUCUUCUUCUUCAUCAUCAUCUUCAUCAGAAGAGGACUUGAACUCCGAGCGGCUGGGUGCAGGCAAAGGCAAGUCGCAGGGUCUCUCGACAUCAGACUUGCUCCCCACUCACUGGGACCACAUGUCGGAUUACUUCAAGAUUGUGGAACUACACAACGGGUCCAGUGAAUUCAGAAAAGUGAGCCGCAUGUUCCUGAAGACGAUGGAAAUAAAGAACGCUGUGAUUAAGCGCAUCAAGCGAGUGCAGAAUGAAGAGCUGUGGCUGUCCUUCAGCAGACGGAGACAGUUCAUGGAGCGACGCUCCAGUGGGGAAGCGGUGAGGGAGAUGCUGCUCUUCCACGGCACCAGCAAGGACAUGGUGGAGCCCAUCUGCCUCCAGAACUUUGACUGGCGCAUGGGUGGCACCCACGGCAACAAGUAUGGCAAAGGCUGCUACUUUGGCCGAGACGCUCGCCUCGCUCACCGCUACGCCAGUGCGGGCAAGGCCGGGGGCACUACGUGCCACAUGUUCGUGGUGAGCGUUCUGGUGGGGCGCUUCACUCGCGGAUACUCAUCCUACCUUCGCCCACCUUCACGGGACGACACCAAGACCAAUUUAUACGACAGCUGCGUCAACGACGUGAACGACCCCACCAUCUUUGUGAUUUUUGAAAGCAGCCAGGCCUACCCGGAGUACAUCAUCCAAUACCGUGCAGACUGAGUGGCAACGGAGCCAACGAUGCUGCCACCUCAGCCCAUAGGAGCUUUGUCCAUCAAGUUUCCCUGUGGUGAUUCUAGACUCCAAAUGGCUUUGGAGGUUUUAAGCAGAACAUUUUGUUGUUAAACAUUAACUAUUGCUCAUUGACUUCAUACUUUCUCCAACUGUCCCAGACACACACAUUUAUGAUUUACAGUAGCUGCAUGUUCAGUAGUUUCCUCUUGCCGAUGAUGACACACACUUAGAAUUCACGAUUUGAAGGUGCAGGGUUAAUUUUUAACUCUUUUUAUACCUCCUAGUUUUACCACCCCCUGCACACCCAGGCGAAGCCAAGUCCGUCUUCCCGCCAACUCUCUCCAGCACCUUUCCCACCCCAUCCUCCACCAUAAGUUAUGCACACACAAAAAAACAACUCAACACGGUCGUCAAUAGCACUGCCUUAAAACAAAUAUAUUCUACAUCAUGGGACCUCCUUUGCCAGUACCAAAAUAUGAUAAUAGGUUUUUCCACUUUUUUUGUUCUGGCAACAAAACAGGCCUUUUGGCAUCCUCUAGUCUAACACCGUUUGAGACGAGGCUCAAAAGAAAGCUGUCUCUGGUGUGGACCAAUCAGUUUCAAGAACAAUGCAUAUAUUAUCAGAAUAUGUUUUUUGUUUGCAUUCUGACCACAAGCAUUGUGGUUAAUGCAGAGAUGAUUCCUUGUAAAAUGUUUCAGUUUGGUGUUUUAACAUCUUAACACUUGUUUUGUUGCCAAAAAGGGGAAAAAUCAAGUAUAUUCUGGGCAACGUUUCGGGCAAUCUCUCUUCUUCAUAGCACAAACCGUUAUGCAGGUGGGUUUGAUGCAGAGAAAAUGCUGGGACAUCGAAGAUUGGAUGCCAAUCAGGCAGGUAUAAAUGUGAGAGACAAGAUCAACUGAUAGCAACUGACAUUAUGCCAUAAGUAGUGGCUCCGGUUCUGUGUCUGCACUUACAUUGCCUUGAUAUGAUGCAGGACGUAAGUACCCCAAGGAUAACACACAUCAUUGAUGAUCAUUUCUCAUCUCAAGCAGGACUUUGUGACUGUGUUCAUGCAACCGCAGAAGUGGUUCACCGAUCUUACAAAUCCUCUCGAGAAAUGUACACCUGCUACAGCGACGAGUGGAUCAUUCAAACACAAGCACCGUAUCUAAGAUUGCCUCAACAAACUUGUUAAUGCAUAGAACAUGUCAAGAUAAAGCGAUGAAUACUAAAUAUAUAUUCUUAGUCAAUGGGGAUUUAAUAUUGAUGGUCUUGUGUCCAACUAUAUGUUUGCUAAGUGCCUUCAAAUACCCAAUAUCUGUUAAUAUUGCAGGUAAUUUCAGAUUAUAAUUCAGCUUUCAUCGUUGCAUGUGAAUGAAACAUUUAUAACAUUUAUACCCGUCCUAUCAUUGGUUACAUUACUCAACGUAAACACAAAAUAAAUCAUCCACAAGUUUAAAGUAA